UGUGAUUGUCCAAAUGCCAUGAGUCCAGACAUUCAAAUGUUUCGACAUGGAUUUUUCCCCGCAUCAUUUAACAAGCCAAAGACUUUGUUCACCUUCAGGGUGCUCGAUGAUUUUCUAUUGGACAACCUUGAAUGCAGCACCUUGGCGAUGAACUAUUACAGCAAGCUCCAGCGAAUGACCUCGAGCAUGUUUCCACAUCUUGUUCUGCUCAUGAGAGUCACUCAACAGUGGAGGCAGUUGAAGGCCAUGAAAUGGCAUGGAUUUGGCCAUUGUUCCAACAACCCAAAUGCAGGAGAUCUUGCAUUGUUUUGCCCUGCAUGUCCUCAGCCUGGGAUUAACAUAUCCUUGUCAGGGGAUGAAUCACUUGAUGACUGGAAAUACACCUGGUCAUUUGUUAUGGACAGAAAUUUCAAAGCAGAACACCUGCAUCCCAUCAAGCCAUUUGAUGAAGUGUGGCUUUCCGAUGGGUUGGGAUUCAUGGUGGGAAAGGACAGGUAUAAAACCCAUCUUGUGGAGGCUGCUGACACAUUGGAAAAAUCAAGCUGCAACAAUCACCGGGCGGUGAAUCAAGCAAAUGCGGCUCAGCACAAGCUGGAGUCCACAGGAAUCAGGGGAGUUGCCUGUGCCCGACACAGUUGCUUUGUCCCUCACUCGAUGUGCAUCAUUUGCAGACAAAUGAACAUGGAUUAUGCCCUUUGCGAGGCUGUCCAGCACAAUAUGGAAGGCAUAACCAGGGCUGUCACCUUCUAUGACAUCAACUGUCAAUACAACAAGCACUUUCGGGUUCAGGUGGAUCAAAGCCAAUUUCUCGAAAUGGUUCUGGAAUUGACCAUCAUUCCUGGAAUUGGGUUGUGGCAUGUCCACAGACAUCAGGACAGCUGCUAUGUCCGAUAUGUGUCGAAUUUUAUUGAAGGCAUCGGUCAGAUCGAUGGUGAGAUCAUGGAGACCCUAUGGUCGUGUCUCAACCUGAUUUCCCCUGCUGCUCAGGGAAUGUCAUCCCCACAUCAAAAGGAAUGUCUUGAUUAUCAGAUGAACGAUUCCAAUUUCUGCAAGAUGAUCUGCAUGAAAAGGACUCUUUGCCAUAAAUACAAGCAGGCAAAGAAUGGCAUUGCCGAAAAUGAAAAGGCUUUCAACAGACUCAAUGAAGCAGUGCCCACAGCUUCAAAGAAAGAAUGGUUAGCCAGCGAGAGGAUCACUCAGUCCAGCAGAAUAAAUGAUCCUGUGGCAAUGGAUGUACAGUGGCUCAAAAAACUGUCCACAUGUUUUUGCAUUUUUUACUAUUUACAAUAUUGUGUGAGAAUACAUAAAGACCUCAGUGACAUGCUAAUACCAUAUUGUAGUGCUGCUUCAGGGCUUUGGAUUGAGCACCACAUCGUGAGAAUCAGAGGAGAUAUGGUGGAGAUACAAGGCUUACAAAAUCAUGACUCAUGUGGACAGUUUUUUGAGCACAUAUUAAAACUAUAUAAAUCAUCAUUUAUGACACCAUAA